UAGGCUCCGCCCAUGCCCGCUUCUGGCGGAGCUUUGACUCCCCAGUAGCGCUGGAACCCGGUGUUUAGCUCCCAUUCCCCAGGACAUCGGAUUCGGUUAGGCUGCCGGCUCGCCCUCAGCCGCCUCUCCGAAGGGAGCGGCAGGAGAGGGGCGAUCGCCGUGCUAGGUUCCUGGUGAAGGAGCGUUUGUGGCGGUUGACUCUGUGAUGGCGGCCCAUGGGCAGGAAAUGUAGCCUAAAGGACUUCCAAGGUGGUGGUAGAGCUCCGGUCUAUUGACCAGUGUCUGUCUCCAGCGUUGAUGCUGGUCAAGGAGGAAUGAAAGAAGGAUCUCAUUUAACUCGGUUGUUCUCCUUAGUCCGUGGCUAUGAGAUUCUUUGGGUAGCUGGUAGCUUCUUUUUGUUUUUACUUUAUUUGAUUUUUAUUUAUUUACUUGUUCAUUUCUGCGGGUCUGAGGAUUGAACAUUUCCCUCUCUACUACGAAGAGACAGGGUCUCUCUGGCCUUGAACUUGUAACCUUCCUGCCGCUAGAGUACCUGAGAUGAUAGGCAUGGACUUGUGUCUUUAAACCCCAGGUCACCCACUGAUACUAAAACUGAAGCCUCUGAGGCAUUUACAUGAUCAUACUUGGAGGCUUCAACUACAGUUCCUGGUUCAGAGCUGAGGAAGCAUGAGUCACUUACAGAACUUACUGUUAGACACCUUGCUGGGGACAAAGCAUGUGGACAGUGCCGCCCUCAUCAAACUCCAGGAAAGGAGCCUGUGUGUGACAUCACCAGGAUUUAGUGUAAUGCCAAGUGAUGUUCGAACACUCGUGAAUGGAUUUGCCAAAAACCCACUAAUAACCCGAAGGGAAGGGUUGUACUUCAAGGAGAAGGAUUACAAAUGUGUCCGGGCGGAUGAGUAUUCUCUUUAUGCUAAGAACGAGAACACUGGUGUGGUUGUUGUGAAGACCCAGCUGUAUCUUCUGGUGGCCACUUACACUGCAGGCAUGUAUCCUAGCGUCUGUGUGGAAGCCACAGAGAAGCUGGGAGACUAUCUAAGAAAAAAAGGAAACUAAACCAUCGGACAACUAGUGAAGACAACUUUAGUAUUUUUUAAAAAAGUACAGAUCCUUAAGAAAAAAUAUUUUGUGCUUGAAAACACUGAGUGGAAGACAGAAACAAAGACUGAGUUAAGGACCAUUUUUCUUAUUUCAAGUGUUCAUCAUCUCUAAUCAGAAGGACCUGAUCAGCUCGUUCCUUUUCUUUAAGCAUUGGUCACUGACAUGAAACCUGAGUGCAUUAACGACUUUUCACAGGACAAGUCUGAUGGGAGUCUUGCCUCCAAGUCCCCACACAUCCUGCCAGAUAUUCCAAGAAUACAGGCCCUAGUCACGCCUGUGUGUGAGCCUCAUGCACAUCGAAGUCAGAGGAGAGCUGUGGAGUCGGUUCUCCUCGUCCACCAUGUGGGUAGUGGGAAUGGGACCUGGGUCGUGAGGGCUGCUGGCAAGCGACCCCACUGAGCCCUCUCACCAGUGUCCCCGACCACUCUGUACCCAGGCCGUGUCAGUGUCAAACCACCUUAAAUUAAAGUAAGCUUAGAAAAUC